UCCAAAAACUUAAAUGCUGCCUCCGUCCAAGUCUGUUCAACUGUACCGGCCAUCAAUGCCUUCUCUGUCUGUCAUCCAGAGUCUCAUACCUCAAGAAAUGACAUGUGAAGCUGCUUCCACACUUCGCAUGCAAUUCUUGUGCUUCCUAUAUAGAUCAUCACACACAUUUUGUUUUGUUCUCAUACUUAAUCUCUUGCAAAGAAUCGAUUGGAAUGACUGAUAUAUUUUGUGGGUCUUGGCUGAUUGGGAUUAAAGUUCCAAGCUUUGUAAUCAUCGAAACCAAAAAGGGUUGGUAGAUGAACGAACUUGGACGGAGAAACCAAAGUUGCAUUUGAUUAUUUUUUGGGAUUUUCUCUGUUGGCAUGUGAUUGUUUAUCAAUUAGGUCGAUUCUAACGUUCAAUUUGUAUUAAAGAAAAAUACUGGAUUGGUUGGUUUAAAAAUCUCUGUGGAGAGAUAAAGGAUUAGUUCUGGUAUUGGUAAAAUAAUCCACCAAUAAAAUCUUUUUGGUUCUUUUAUUGAAUGGCGCAUGUUGGGAAGCGGAAAUUUGUGGUUUCAAGCCAAGAACUGAUAGGUGCUUGUGUAAAUGCCUGAGCUGGGUUGGUUUUAGAAUCUGAUCUGGUGAAAGUUCCAACACCAAUUAGUAACUAGAGCAUGAGAUUUGAGGUAGAUUAGAGAAUACCCAUUUGAGUACAGUUACUGAAUAUUGAAGGGUUUGGUUUGGGCUUUCUUUGUUGUAUUGAAAUUUAUUUUUUGGUGGUGAUUUCAAUUGAAAGAAAAUGGUUGGUUGUAUGGAGAAUAUGAAUGCUGGUGUAUACUCAAAUGGGUCAAUUCAGAACAUUAAUGGUUUGGAAGAGAGGCUCGACGAGCUUAGGCGCCUUAUUGGCAAGGCUGAUGGUGAUCCGCUGAGGAUUGUGGGUGUUGGAGCUGGUGCUUGGGGAAGUGUAUUUGCUGCUUUGCUACAAGAUAGCUAUGGUCAGUUCAGAGAGAAGGUUCAAAUCAGGAUAUGGAGGAGGCCCGGGAGGGCAGUUGACAGAGCAACAGCGGAGCAUCUGUUUGAAGUAAUUAAUUCGAGGGAGGAUGUCCUGAGGAGGUUGAUAAGGCGUUGUGCUUACUUGAAAUAUGUUGAGGCGAGGCUUGGUGAUAGGACUCUUUAUGCAGACGAGAUUUUGAAGGACGGAUUUUGCUUGAACAUGAUUGACACACCUCUUUGUCCUUUGAAGGUUGUCACUAAUUUGCAAGAAGCAGUUUGGGAUGCUGAUAUUGUGGUUAAUGGUGUGCCAUCUACUGAAACACGUGAGGUCUUUGAAGAGAUUAGUCAUUAUUGGAAGGAGAGGAUCACAAUGCCCAUCAUCAUCUCUUUGGCAAAGGGUAUUGAGGCGGCACUUGAACCUGUUCCCCAUAUAAUAACACCGACGAAAAUGAUUAACCGAGCAACUGGAGUAUCUAUGGAAAACAUACUUUACCUUGGAGGACCUAACAUUGCCUCAGAGAUUUACGACAAGGAAUAUGCUAAUGCCCGAAUAUGUGGAACUGAAAAGUGGAGGAAGCCUCUUGCAAAGUUUCUCCGGCAACCCCAUUUCACUGUAUGGGACAACAGUGAUCUUGUCACUCAUGAAGUCAUGGGUGGUCUGAAGAAUGUAUAUGCCAUUGGAGCUGGUAAGUUGCGGUACCAGAACAUGAUUUCUCCAUGCCUUUUGCCUUUUGGCAACUUCUGUAUACACUCAAAUUCUUGUUUGGUUUUCUCAGGAAUGGUAGCAGCUCUUACCAAGGAGAGUGCUACCAGCAAAUCAGUAUAUUUUGCACAUUGUACAUCGGAGAUGAUAUUCAUCACUCAUCUACUGGCUGAAGAACCUGAAAAGCUUGCAGGGCCUUUGCUGGCUGACACUUAUGUAACCUUAUUGAAAGGUCGUAAUGCAUGGUAUGGACAAAUGUUAGCAAAGGGAGAAAUAAGCCGAGAUAUGGGUGACAGCAUCAGCGGCAAAGGAAUGAUACAGGGUGUCUCUGCAGUGGGUGCUUUCUAUGAACUUCUGAGUCAGUCAUGCUUUAGUAUAUUGCAUCCUGGUGAAAACAAGCCUGUGGCCCCUGUUGAGCUAUGUCCCAUCUUACAGACACUGUACAAAGUACUGAUAUCAAGGGAACAAUCAUCGCAAGCUAUACUGCAAGCGCUGAGGGAUGAGACGUUGAAUGAUCCCCGGGAACGCAUAGAGAUUGCACAGAGCCAUGCUUUCUACAGGCCCUCACUUCUUGGCCAAACUUGACUAGUUGCUGCCUCUACACAUCGGAAAUUGGCAAUAAAAAAAAAAACGAAUAAUUCUUCUUUGGAAACAACUGUUAAAUGAUAAACAGAAACAUUAUGUACUGGUUUUAGUUUGUAAUGGUUCAAUACAUUAGUGUUACCAUAUUAA